GUAAUUAUUCACCAUUGCCGUUUCGUCCACAUGUUUUUUCCAAUUUGGAGAGGCUGCACAAUUUCGCUAUAAUGAUACCUUAAAUUUGUAUAGGCAUACACGUCAAAAAGUUUAUGAAUUUGUACAUUUCCAAAAAUACACACUGCUGCUUCCUAUUUAUCAUAUGUGUUAACAGAUUGUUAGCUUGAUAAGUACCAACAUGUUCUACUUCGACGACCGUGGAAAAUCACCAUCCAACAUGGCUUGCUACAUCCCAGUCAGGCAACUUUCAACAGUUGGACAGGUGGAGGUGGGCAUCGAAUACCAGCACCUGCACGAUGAGAGUGGAUACGUGGUAGAGGGUAGAGACCGCAGUGACUAUGCCACCUCCAGUGACGUCAUGCUGAAGAAGGAGCAGAAGGAUGUGGAGCUGGAUAAAAAGAUUGAGGCUCUCCGCAGGAAGAAUGAAGCCCUCAUGAAGAGGUACCAGGAGGUAGAGGAGGACAAAAAGAGAGCGGAGGAGGAAGGAAUGGCACUGCAGAGUCCCAAGGGCAACACAGGGGACUUGACCAUCACCAUCAACAAGUCUACCACCGAGGCUCGUGUUGUGAUGACCAAACCAGGCACGGGUGGUUCUCCCACCCCAAAGGGGGUCCAGGAGCUUGGGGAGAGGGAGGCGGAGGGGAACCUGUUGGGCUCAGGACGGGGCAGGAGGAAGCAGCUACUGGUCACCAUGGCUGGCAACACAAAGGGUAAGAGGGUGGUGAGUGAGAGGCUGGAGAGAAGACCAGGUCCAGGUCCCCCCGGUCUGCUGAAUGUGAAGAGCCUUACAGAGGAUGGCUUGCACCAGUACCUUGUGGAAUCAGCAGGCAGAGGAAAACACCAGCACACUAACGCAGCAAAGAAGGACACGGGACCACAGGAUGAAGGGGGGCAGGGAAAGGGUGUGACAGAGGAGCGUCACUGGCUGUCAGAGUGUGAGCCUUACUACCAGAAGUCUGAGGGGCCAGGCCUGGCAGGUGACACAGACCUCACCAUCCCCACGUCCAAAGAGGAGCAGCAGGAGUACCUGCGCUGGAAGAAGGAGCGUGAGCAGAUCGACCGGGAGCGUGUGGCCCGCCACAGAAGUGCCAAUGGCCAGUGGAGGCGGGCAUGGGACAUGGACAAAACAGAGAAUAUGUUUUCAGAUAAAUCUCCUGAGGAGAGAGUACAGGGGCCUCCAGAUAGAGGAGGAAGAAAUGCAAGAAGAGGUCACCCCAAAUCAAAUCCUGAGUCACGGGUUCAGCACCCACGGGCCAAAGACAAGGGGGUUAAAAAAGUGCCCGUGGUCAGCAGUAAAGCCAAGGGCAAGGAUCGGCUGACUGGGAGGGCCAGAAGAUGGGAUGCCAGCGAGGAUGGGGAUGAUUUGCAGGCCUCCGAGACAAGUUUGGAGGAAUUCUUAGAAGAGCUUGAUGCUUUGGGUGGACCUGACGUUGACGACUCCACUGCAGAAACUCCAGAGGUCAAAGAUGUUUACCUCAAAAUUGAGUCUUUCCUGACCCCGGAUGUGGUGAAGACUGAGGAGGUGAGUGGACCCGUCAGUCCUGCCCUGGACCAAGCCGACUGGCUUCAAGCCCCAGCCGACACCUCAGAGGAGGAUACACCCAGACAGGAGAAGGCUAAGGAAUCGUCCCAUCGAGCUGCAGAGAAGGUCCGCUUCUCGGUGGAGCUCAAUGGGCCCGGGGCCUACGAGCAGACACCGGGGCAGGAGGGCUCUGAGAUUCCCGAUUCCUCCAAAACAGAGUGUCAUGGCUGCUUUCAGCACAGUGUGCUCACCCCUGUUUUUCCCACUUCACACAGCAAUGUCGAAGAUGCUGCCCCUCCACAGGAGAAUGCUGUCCAGCCUUUAGAACACGCUAAGAGCAAUAGCAACAGAAAUACAGAGGAACUGAUUGACUCUAGUCUGUCUGUUCUGAGGCUGGAGUCAGGAGAGACUCACCCAACCCACACCACCAGCAUUGACAAGGCAAGAGAAAAUGGGAAGAUUGUUUGAAGGACAUUCAACGUUUAUAUGAAUUGGUCAAUAUGUAAAACCAAAACAUGCUUAAGUAGAGAAUUUACCAUAAGCCUUUUAGUUUAAAGUGGAAAUCACAGCACUUUAACUACUUUGCAGAUAUUAAAUAGACAAUCAUAAUAUCAGUCAAAAAUAUCACAUUUCCAGUUCAUGCUACAAAACCAACUUAAUAAGAGGUUUUAAAAAUAGGUUCUAUUUGACAAGACAUUUUCAUGACGUAGUGUAAGGCAUUGUUGGCAGAAUAGAUGGAUGCAGUUCAAUGCAUGAUUCAUAUAAUUCACCAAUACAUUUCAUGGUAGUCCAAAACAUAUUGCAAUCAGUUUGUAAAUCCCAGCUGUCCUGGUACAUGGUUUGCUGCCUCCAUUCGGGAUGCACUGUUUCAGUUUCAAUGACUCAAUAUUUUGUCCAAAAUAUUGACAUAAAUAGUUUAGGCUCGGAAUGUCAAUACAAUAGUGAUGGACAUUCAGAGUAUUUUCUGUGAGUUGGCUAAUUUGGCUCCGUUCACUUAAGAGCUGGCUUAUUUGGCUAUGAAACAGCUCUUUGUUCCAACUGCUUAAAAAUUGACUUUGAACCAUGAUUUUUAGAACCACCGAGAAUCAAUCUCCAAUGUCAAGCCCAAAAAGUAGGCUACCAUUAUAUCAGAUCGGGAAAUUCGGAUUCAAAUAUAUUUUUACCUGGCCAAAUUUAUUAGAUUAUUAUUGGUUUAAGCACUGCAAAAAUGAGUGUGGGCCUGAAUGUAUGCAUAGUUUUGGUAUAGUAGCAGUAUGCAAUCAGGAAGCCAAAUGAACGUCUCAAUGCAAUUCGGUUCCCGAUGUUCACCAAAAAGUUAACGACCCAUCACUACAAUCAAACUAGCAAGGGCAAUGAUCACAAGUCAGCCAUAACGUGGUUAAUAGGCUAGCGUAUGUAUGUAUGUAGCUAUUUAUUUAGCAAGCUAAAAACACUGAGCCAAAUGAGCUAGCUGCUGGGAGGAUGUCAUGUCAUUGGACGAGUUUCCCCACAUUUCGUUUUUCGGUGGCAACAGCUAGAGAUGCAUUUGGUUAGUUAGCAAGAGACGUGAAUCGCUUGGCUAGCUAGCUGAACUUGAACGACCGUUACACACAGUUAGCAUGCAGAUCUCUUUAGUUGUCAAUCAAAUGCAUUUGGCAUCAAUCAAAUGGGCGGGCAAGGCAGUUCCCAUUCAGUUGUCAAAACGUAGGUUGGGACAAGCAUGCAUUGGCAGGCAAGCUGCAGAAAGGUUAGCAGGCUACUUAUUUUCCAUCGUUUCAGUGCAAUUUUGAAUUUUGAUUUUCACAAAUGACUUGCUCUACAUAAUUUCCAAACAUUCUAUGAAAGUGUGAAAGUAGGAAAAUAACCAUAUUUUAGUCAGAAAAUGCUGUCAGUUCCACUUUAAUAGCACAUUUGCUUCCAAUAGCUCUUUGAAGAUGUCCUGUGCCUAGUUGGUCAAGGUGAGACUAGCAUCCACAAUAUUCUUUUAUUUGAAAUGAUGCUAGUUGCUCACAGUGGGAAAAGGAAACGAUAAAUGUUCAAAGUAAGUCAUUUUGAGAAUUUUGUCUGCUUGAAAAUACUUACAAGCACUUUAUUCUUUGAGGUAUGAGUAUUGACACGUCAUACAUUAGGUAAGUGUGCUAUUUGAAUGGCAAACUUAUGUUGAAUGGCUGUCUUUGUUUACAUUUGAAGUAUUAUUUCAAGAUACCAGUCCUAAUGCUUGUAUUAGUUCAGUUCCUAUGGAUGACUAACCUACAUGACCUGAACAGGCCCUGCGUUUAAACUUCACUGCCGCAAGUGAUGGUCAAUCAAAUUACCUGGUGUUGUUGUGUCAAUCUUUGCCUUAGCAGUAGGCCUAAUUUGAAUGAUGAAAUAUAAUUAGCAUUAUAUGCUUAUAGUUAUACUGUACACUGGCUGUAUUUAUAGUGCUGUGAAAAAAGUAUUUGUCCCCUUGUACUCAGUAACUGGUUGUGCCACCUUUAGUUGCAAUGAGCUGCACAUAUUUUUGUGUCUGAAUGUUAUCAGAUCUUCAACCAAAACCUAAUAUUAAAGGGAACCUGCAUUUACAAAUAACAAAAAAAUAUGCAGUAUAUACUUAUCUUAUUUAUUUAAUUAACAAAGUUAUGCAACACCCAAUGCUCCUGUGUGAAAAAAUAAUUGCCCCCUUAUACUCAAUAACUGGUUGUGCCACCUUUUAGCUGCAAUGACUCCAACCAAACGCUUCCUGUAGUUGAUCAGUCUCUCACGUCGCUGUGGAGGAAUUUUGUCCUAGUCUUGCAUGCAGAACUGCUUUAACUCUGUGACAUUUGUGGGUUUUUAAGCAUCAACUGCUUGUUUCAAGUCCUGCCACAACAUCUGAAAUUGGGAUUAGGUCUGGACUUUAACUAGGCCAUUUUCAUGUCGACUUGAUUGUGUGUUUUGGAUCAUUGUCUUGCUGCAUGACCCAGCUGCGCUUAAGCUUCAGCUCACAGACGGCUGGCCUGACAUUCUCCUGUAGAAUUUUCUGAUACAGAGCAGAAUUCAUGGUUCCUUCUAUUAAGGCAAUUCGUUCAGGUCCUGAGGCAGUAAAGCAUCCUCAGAGAUUCACACUACCACCACCAUGCUUGACUGUUGGUAUGAGGUUCUUACUGUGGAAUGCAGUGUUUGGUUUUCACCAGAUAUAAUGGGACCCAUGUAAACCAAAAAGUUGACUCAAGUUUGCCAAAAAGCACCUGAAAACACCUGGAUGAUAAUCAAGACUUUUGGAAGUAUAUUCUAUGGCCAGAUUAUUCAAAAGUAUCACUUUUUGCACACUGAGUUACAGCAGCUUUGCAUUGAAGGGUGGGCCAAAAUUCCUUCACAGCGACAUGAGAGACUGAUCAACUACAGGAAGCGUUUGGUUGGAGUCAUUGCAGCUAAAGGUGGCACAACCAGAUAUUGAGUAUAAGGGGGCAAUUACUUUUCCAGACAGGGGCAUUGGGUGUUGCAUAACUUUGUUUAUAAAAUAAAUCAAAUGAGUAUGUAAUUGUUGUGUUAUUUGUUCACUCAGGUUCCAUUGAUCUAAUAUUAGGUUUUGGUUGAAGAUCUGAUAACAUUCAGUAUCAAAAAUAUACAAAAGUAGAGAACCUUAAAAAGGGGGCAAAUACUUUUCAUGGCGCUGUAUGUAACUUUUCUUAUGAUCAAUUAAGUAGAACGCUCCAACCAUUGCACUUAUCUGUUGAUAUGAUAGCUCAUUCAUUCAUACAGUAGUUUACGGCUUGGUUUGGUGAAACCAGUGACAUGAAGUAAAAGUCCAUUCAAGUGCAUUAUUUAAGUGUGGGAUUACAAUGUAAUAUAAAGUUCAGUAUACAUUUUCUGCUAUUUUCAAAUACAAAUCGUAUUGGCAGAAAAGUUCAAAUAUAGCUAAAAUGCUAGAAGGUUCCUCCUUCAAUGAUGGUUGUUAAUUGUUGCAUUGUUUUUCUUAAAAAAAAAAAUGUAGGAACUAUUUCACGUUUAGUUUUGAGUGAUGUGGUAUUAACGAACGGUCCAUGUUGAUUUGAUUUAUUUCUCUCAAUUGGAUUGUCAAGUACUAUUUGCUGGAGUGUAAACUCUUGAUGACAUUAGCGGAUGGAGUGCUUUAUUUAAAGUAGGGAAAGGGUCAUUAAGUUGCCUUUGUUGUUUUAUCAUACUUUGAUAAGACUGACAACAAAAUAUGACUGAGCGCCUUACCAUGUAAUAAAUAGUAAGUGUAUUAAUGAAACACUUUCAUUCUUCAUUUUAGAGUACUUCUUUAUGCAAUUCAGUGUACAGCACAUGUUGGAGAACAUGGUAUUAAAAGCACAUUGCCAUAACCAAGUGACAAUUUACAGGUGCAAGUUGAGGUUGUUUCGAUUGUUAUUAAAAGGAGCUGUGGAGGUGAAAAAUAAAGAGUGAAAUUGAGAGCUAACAGAAGUGAAGUUAUUUUGUUGGGAGAAAACAGAAGUGAACAAAUUGAUCCUGGGAGAGGGAGAAAGGGAGAGAGUUGAACGUAGGGAGGUUUUUUUUGUGCAAAGUAGUGGAAUUGACUUCAACCAUGUGACUGUAGUGCAAAACGUACUUCUCCUGUUCAGUGCCUGUUCGAUUUUAGAUAAGGGUUACAGUUUGUUUGUUUGGUAAGUGUAUUUAUUGCUUGACAUUUACGUCAUCACCAAGCCUUGCCUAAUGACACUUGAACAUUUUAGAAAUGAUUGUCUGCCAUAUUACUGCUCCUUUCAACAUGAAUGUGCAUCACUGUGAGCCCUGUGCUCCAUGGACUCACACAGGAUGUUUGGAUAAUUCAAAACAAUGUGUGUCCAUCGAGUUUUUUACAGUCAAAAUGUCUUCUUUGUUUGUAUUAACUUGAGUGCAAAUUCUAUGAUUGUAAAACAGUUGUAAGUUAGCAUACAGCACAAUAAAAAAAAGUACCCCCUGUUUCA